AUGAAACUAGUCCGUAGUAAAUACGACCUGGAAUCGGAUAACGAGCCGUUUUCUCGUUGCAAUUGUAAAGGCCCGUGUGUAAGGAAACGCGCGUUGGGAUGCGCAGUUUGCUCGCGUGUUGUACGUGGCUUGACCGUUGCGUGUGCGGUUUGCACGCAUGUUGGACAUGCAGACCAUAUGCUUAAAUGGUUUGCACAACACGAUACUUGUCCGACGGGCUGUGGUUGCAAAUGUGUGAUGGAAGCGAAUUCUAUAUGGAAAAGCAUUAAAUAUGUAUAA